AGCAGAAGGGGACGGGAUUCCCCACUCACUACCUGGCAACCCCCUUCUGUUUCCUGCUGCUGUUGCUUGAGCGCUGUUUGUUGUUUUCCUGUGUUACUUGCUGGUUUGUGAAUGUGCUCAGCAUUUAUUGUCAAUGCCCCAGAGUGCACGCAGCAAGGGUUAAGCCAGCAGAGUGUCUUUGGGGUGACGUAGCGGGGAAGAGACUGCAUUUGUCACUUUACUGCUGUUAGUAGGUGUGUAACCACCUGACAGAACAUGCAGAGCCUGUGAGCCCUAUUAGAGAGAGAUUUCACAGCAGAUUCUCAGAUGCUAUAGGACAUAAUGAGCCUGUUACUAUGGACCAGUCUGCUGCUGCCAUCACUGCAUCUCUUCCUCAGUUCUGCAUACCGCAGAGGACCACAUUACACAGUCAUCAAUGAGAACUGCCCCGGGGCAGAGUGGAACAUCAUGUGCCGAGACUGCUGUGAAUAUGACCAAGUGGAGUGUGUGUGCCCCGGGAGUGGGGACAAGGUGGGGUACACCAUACCUUGCUGCCGUAAUGAGGAGAAUGAGUGCGACUCCUGCCUCAUACACCCAGGCUGCACCAUAUUUGAGAAUUGUAAGAGCUGUCACAAUGGCUCAUGGGGAGGCAUGCUGGACGACUUCUACGUGAAGGGAAGUUACUGUGCGGAGUGCCGGAUGGGUUGGUAUGGAGGAGACUGCAUGAGGUGCGGGCAAGUGAUUCAAGCGCCUCGUGGGGAGAUCAUGAUGGAAAGUUACCCGUUUGAUGCCCACUGUGAAUGGAGCAUCCAGGUAACACCGGGAUACACAAUAGAACUCAGGUUUGCAAUGAUGAGUCUGGAGUUUGAUUAUAUGUGUCAAUAUGAUUACGUAGAGGUCCGCGAUGGUGAUAAUGUGGAUGCCAAGAUCAUCAAACGAUUCUGUGGCAAUGAACGUCCUCUGCCCAUACGCAGCUCUGGAUAUACCCUGCACAUCCUGUUUCAGUCAGACGGAUCCAAGAAUUUUGAUGGUUUCUACGCCACCUUUGAAGAAGUCACAGCCUGCUCCUCAUCGCCCUGCUUCCAUGAUGGUACAUGCAUUGUAGGGAGCACUGGAUCCUACAGCUGCGCGUGUCUCGCUGGGUACACAGGGAAACACUGUGAAACUGUUAUAGAGGAGAAAAGCUGCACAGACCCCGGCUCCCCUUUAUAUGGCUACCGCAAGCUACCUGAGCGAGAACAUCUGAGGCCUGGGAACCAGCUGAAGGUCGGAUCCAUCAUCCACUACUUUUGCAACAACUCCUACGUCCUGAGUGGGAGCCAGGAGAGAACAUGUCUGGAGGUUGGACAGUGGUCUGGCAAGCAGCCGAUCUGCAUUAAAGCGUGUCGUGAGCCUAAAGUUCCUGACCUGGUCCGGCAGAGGGUCCUCCCUUCCCUUGUCCAAUCAAGAGAGACCCCACUCCACCAGUUAUACUCUUCCUCCUCCUCCUCCUCAUCAUCAUCAUCAUUUACCAAGGACAAGAUAGAAGUUUAUCCAACCAAAAAGCCAUCUCUGCCCCCUGUGGAGCUUCCUCAGGGGUACCAUCAUCUACACACACAGCUUCAGUAUGACUGCAUAUCUCAGUUCUAUCGGAGAACAGGAAGCAGUAGGAGGACCUGCCUGAAGACUGGGAAGUGGAGCGGACGGGCCCCCUCCUGUAUUCCAAUUUGUGGCAAACUACAGAACUUCACGGUGCCAAGGAUGGGCAAGCUGAGGUGGCCGUGGCAGGCUGUCCUAUACCGAAGGUCAAAUGGGGUGAAAGAUACCAGUCUGAGGAAGGGAGUAUGGAUCUUGGUGUGCAGCGGUGCACUACUAAAUGAGCGUACUGUGGUUAUGGCCGCUCACUGUGUGACUGACCUUGGAAAGAGCUCAGUAAUUAAAGUGUCUGAUCUGAAGAUUGUGCUGGGGAAGUUCUACCGGGACGAUAACCGGGAAGAGAAGAGUCAGCAGCACCUGCGGAUUUCUGCACUCAUUAUACACCCCAACUAUGACCCCAUUCUGCUGGAUUCGGACAUUGCAGUCAUCAAGCUACUUGACAAGGCCAGAGUUAGUGACUACGUGCAGCCUGUGUGUCUCACCUCAGCCACAGAGCUUACGUCCCCCACGCAAGACUUCAGAACUGUAAUAAGCGGGUGGAAAAUCCUGUCUGACCCUCAGGCCCUGAGCUAUAAGAAUGAGACGAUACAAGCUGGGCUGGUGCACCCAGUGGAUUCCCUGCUGUGUGAGCAACAAUAUGAGGACAAUGGCAUCUCUGUCAGUGUGACAGAGAGCAUGUUCUGCGCCAGGCAACUCCCUGGUGUUACACCAAACAUCUGCCCAUCAGAGACAGGGGGCAUAGCAACAGUACUGUUGCCAAGUCCUGAUGCCCCAGAAGGAAACUGGCACCUGAUUGGCUUAGUGAGCUGGGGCUACGACAAGUCCUGCAGUCGGGAACUUUACACUGGUUACACCAAGGUCUCCAGCUUCAAGGAAUGGCUUGAGAAAAACAUGAAGUAGAAAUGGGUCUGCUCAAAUUAUCACAGAGCAGGCUAGACAGGUAUAUGACAACAGCUAAUUUCCAGCUAGCCAUUCUUGGAACAUACCUGACAUAGACAGGACCUUCCUGUUGUCAAGGGAAUUACAUCACUACACAUAAAGUGCCUUAUUACUAUACCGCUGUGCCAUCCAAUAAAUCCAUGUCUCACUCACAGUAUUUAACACCAUGUCACUUUAUCUUACCUAAACUGCCCAUUACAUACUGAAGGAAAGGAAGCCAGGAGAGUGCCACUGUAUUAUCAUAUCCCUGCUGUAGAAUGUGCAAUUAUAAGAUACAAAUAGUUCCUAUAUACACAAUGCAGUGCCAGCAUCUUGGGCACCGAAGCACCAGAAUAAUCAGAGAUGGAUUUAUAAUUAGGCAGAGUAGACAUGUGCCUACAGGAGCCCUCCAUAGACAGGAGCCGUGCAAGUUGAAAAAGUAGUCAGUAAGUGCUCUGCACUGUGAUUAGUGGGAGCAGCCGGAGCCACAUGACAUUCACUUAGGACAGUGACACCAAAAAGAAAGUGUAUCAAUAACAGUAUGCAGAUUACAUUUAGAGCAGUAGAGUAAUUAAUAUAGUCUAUAUAUAGAUACGUAUCAUGUCCACUGCACAUCGAUAAAUGACAACAACAUACGCUGUUGACAUUUAUCAUUGCACAAAGCAGUUCACCAGAACUGCUUGUGCAAUACCGCCCCCUGCAAAUUCAGCAAGGGUGUCAAUCAACCCAACCGUAUUCGAUCGGGUUGAUUUCUGUCCACCGCCUCAGAGCAGACGGACAAGUUAUGGAGCAGUGGUCGGAGCUUGAUAAUUCGGCCCAUUGGCCUGAGUUUGUUUGUUUAUUAAUUCCUCUCCUCCUAAUAGUACGAUCUAGAACCCCCACAAGCAGUAGAUGCACUGUCCUAGGUGAAUGUCAUGUUACGCGGCUGCUCCCACCAAUAAUAUCUUCAGAUUUCUGUGUCUACCUGAGAUGUAAAACUGGCCCUGAGAAGAAUGGGACUUGUGACAAGGGACGGUCAGUUUUUACUGCACAGUCUGAUUCUAUUAGAAUGAAACAAACAUAACAACUGUGCAGUUAAAAAUAUUAUUUUCUCAAAGAUGUUUUUUUCCAAGCAGUUCAAUAUCUGUUAAACAUAUUCAAGUGUUGUGUAUUUUACAGAGAUGUUUCCUCUGCAGUUACAACAAGGGAUCUAUACUGGAUAGAAUGUGUUAAUAAAUGUAUAUUUGUGUAUAAAA